GUGGAACGUUCGCAAUGUUAACCACACUGUUUCAACAAUUAUUUCGCACAUUUUAGUGACGGCACUGUCACCUCAACUUUUUUGAACUGUGCAGUGUGAUUUUAUUCCAGAAAUGGAGUCCAGAUGGUACCUAUUUCCCGGACAAACUCUAGAAAACACAAAGAUCUCGGAACGAAGCCAUGCAUUACACAUAACACAAACAGAAUGGGGGAAGAUUACAGGGCAUCUAGAUCGGAAUAGACUUAUACAAGAAGCUAUUGAUAGAGAAGCAACUCACAAAAGAUAUUUGGAUGAUGGUUCCAAGUCGAUGAUCAAGAAUUGGGAGAACUCUCUUGAGAAUAUACGGAAAAGAAAAGAAGAAGAAAGAUCAAGACUAAUAGAACAGAGGAAAGGAGAUCGUAUGGCAAGGUUUUAUGAGUUGAGGAGGGAACAAGAGCGAAUUCGUAAUGAGUACGUGGCAAAAGUGAAGCAUGAUAUUUACAUAGACUCAGGUAAUGCUAGACAAUUGACUGGCGCAUACGUGGAAGCCGAAGCUAUGUACGAAAGAGAAAGACAAACGGAAUUGCAAAAGAAAAUCAAACAGCAUGAGGCUCAAGAGGAAGCCAAAUGGGCACAAAAAGUAAAAGAAGGUGCGGAGGAAGAAGCUAAAGGGAAACAGGAAGGCGCAGAAAAGGAAAAAGUGAGAAAAGCAGAGUUUUCUAAGAAACUUUUGGAUCAAAUUGAAGAAAACGCUCGAGAGAAAGCCGCAGAACGUGAGAAACAAAUUGAGAAGGAAAAUAUAGAUCUCAUUAAAGCUCAACGAGAACAAGACUGCUUGAAAAAAUUAGAAAUCUUAGAAAGGAAAAAGAAGACAGAAAAUCUGAAGAAAGAGAGGCAGAAGCAAAUAGAAGAUAUCCGAAAGAGGCGGAUUCAAGCGGAGCAGAAGCAAAAGGAAUUGGAUGAAGUAAUACAGAUUUACAAAGAAGCUAAGUUCAAUAUCGAUUGUAUGAAGAAAGCUAGAGAAAAAGAGUUGAGAGAUCAGCAAGUAGCCAGGAGGGAUGCGAUAGCAAAGAAGGUGAUGGCUAUAAAGGAAUCAAAUGAGGCAGCUGAAGAAGCUGCUAUCAAAGAAGCCAUUGCUGAACGAGAUGCUACUGAAGAAGCACAGCGUCGCGCAAAACAAGAAAAGUUGGAAAAAAUGCGCAAAGAGAGACUCGAAGACAGACAAAAGUUCAUCGAAAAAGAAAAGCAUCGACAGUAUGAAGAAGACGAAUUGAAGAAAUGGGGUAUGUUGAAUAGAUAUAAAGUGGACGAGGUUAUGAAGAAGUACGACGAACAAAAGAAAAAGGCACACUGGAAGAAAAUACUGGCUUACAGAAAAACGCUUCUUGAUCAGAUGGCGCAGAAUAAAGCAGAAAUCGAACGAUUGAAAAAAUUCGACAGCCGAAUCGAAGAACCCACUGAAGAUGCUCAAUUCUUUGAGUAUGCAGAUGAAGUGUUAGAGCUGGCACAGAAAGGCGGAUUCCCUACUCAUCCCAUAGAAAGAGUUAUUCUGGAUUAUAAAAAGAGGUUCAACUUGAUACCAGAGCAGCUUAUCGAAUGUGAAGAGUAUGGGACGAAAAAAUGCAAGAAUAAUGAAAAGGUUAGCCCUGUAAAAGAGUUGUUAAAGAAAAGCGUGAAGAAACAGAUGUGUCGAUGUCGAUGUGAUUCACGUACAAUAAAAAAAUAAAUGGGCUUGACCAAUUAAAUAUCAA